UUAGAAAAACCUCAAUGCUCGUGAUUUGUUUCUGCCACUCCAACUCGAGACAUCCCCUGCAUUAGCUUAGCAAACUAGUAAUCAAACGGGAGGAGCACAAGUUUGAGGUUCGACGUUCAAAUCUGAGGAAGGCACCAUGCUCUCGUACAUCGGUGAACGUGUGGUACGUGGACCAGAUUGGGAAUACAACCAUGAUGAUGGGGGCGAUGGCUGUGUCGGAACGGUUAUCGCCAUAAAGAAAGAAAGAUCUGGGCAAUCUCGGUCCAACGAGACAGCAAGGACCAACUGUAAGGUCCAGAUGGUGACUGUAGCCUGGGACCUAGCCCACAUCGGGGACUACAGGACAGGACUAGAUGGAAAGUAUGACUUAGCAUGUAUGGAUGUUGGUUUAGGUCGGCCCCAUCCCAUAUCCAUAUGUAACGUGUGUUCCCGUAAUCCACUAGGGUACAGAUGGUUAUGUGCAGUAUGUGAGACCUUUGACCUGUGUGAUGCAUGCUAUAAUAAGAAUGAACAUCAUCUGGACCACCAGUUUGUAAGGUUCUCAUCUCCCAUCGGAUCCAGUGUGCGUGCUCCAACACGAGAGAGCAGUCUCAACAACCGUGUAGAAGCUAGAGGAUUGUUUGUGGGAGCUAAAGUUUCAAAAGACGACAAGCGAGGCAGUGUGGUGGAGACCCUAAGCUUCAGAAACGAGCUUCAAUGGGGAGGAGUCAAGGUGUUAUGGGAUGGGGAGGAAGAGGCUUCCGUCCACGCUCGUACGGAAGAUGGUGUGAUCGACAUCAAAUGUGAAGAGGCGGCUAAAUAUGGGCUCUACUAUAAGGACCAUCUAGCAAAUUUUGGUGAGAGAAGUUUUAAUGGUGUAGGCGACUUGGCUUCAGUCCUUAUUGAUGUUGAUGAAAUCAAACAGCUGCAAGAAGGACAUGGAGACUGGAUUCCACAGAUGACAGAUGCUCUACGACAGGUUGCCAUCAUUACUGCAGUAACUUACAAGGGUGAUUGCAAACUCCAUUUCCCAGUUCUAGGCCUGGAUUGGGAUUUCAACACAGAAGCUGUAACCAGGUUGGAGAAGUUUGGUACUGGAGACACAGUACAACUGAUAGACGAUGAGGAGAAAAUAAAGAAGAUUCAGCCUGGGCAUGGAGACUGGAAAGAAGAGAUGUCUCAGGAUCUUGGACAAGAAGGAGCAGUCUUGACAGUCCAGAGCACAGGUGAUAUCAAGGUUUUGGUCAACGGUCAUCCCUUGACAUUACAUCCAGCCUGUGUGACACUGGUUGAAGAAGCUGAAGAAAAUGGGAGUUCUAUUGACUGGGAGGAAGUACAGGAAUCGAUGUCGAUGAAAGCGAUGCAGGAUGAAAUGAUCUUAGGUCCCAUGGGUUUUGGUUUCUCGUCUAUCAAUUCUAUGAAGGAAGAUAUCCUCAAGUUUGUACAGAACGCUCAAGACGGUAACCUGACAGGAGUCAAGGAAGCACUGGAGAAAAAUCCAAGCUGGGUGAACAUACAGGUGUCCCACAUGGCUGCAAUUCAUCAUGCCUGCAGUUCUGGUCAGCUCGAGGUCAUCAAGUAUCUCAUCAGCAAGAAUGCAUCGAUAGAGGCCAUAGAUGAGACAGAAUUCCAUCCGCUCCACUACGCUGUAAGAUCGAACAAGCUGAAGGUGGUGGAGUAUUUAUUGCAGCAAGGAGCCUACCCUAGUUCAGUGAGUAAAAUAUGGUUGAGUCCUCUACAUCUGGCUGCUGCCAAGGGUUUCACAGAUUGUGUUGCAAUCCUCCUCAAACACGGAUGCAAUAUCAACAUUCAGGCUGUGGGUGGUGAUGUGGCUCUUCAUUUUGCCAUUGUAGGAGGAAGUCGGGAAUGCCAGAAGCUUCUCAUCCAAUCCCCAAUGAUUGAUCUGAUGCUGAGGAACUUAAAUGGAGACAACGCUCUUCACUUUGCUGCUCUCAGAGACUCAGAGUUCUCUGUGAAUAUGAUCUUGGAUAAGAUGCCUGUCCUUGCCUUAAACAGAAAAGAAGAUGGCGUCACAUGUCUUCAUAUUGCAGCACUUGUCAAUAACUCUACCAUUGCAAGGAUUCUUAUUGAAAAGGGAAGAUGCACAAUUGAUUCUAACGCCAACAAUAAUGGAAGCCCUCUGUUUUUGGCUGUGAUAAGGGGUGCCACUGAGACAGUCGAGGUGUUGGUAACACACGGUGCAAACAUCAACCAACAAAACAAAUCAGGCUGGACAUGUAUGCAUGCCAUUCUUAAGAUGCUGAUGAACCCGGAGUAUGAGGUGGAGGAUUCUCUCACACUGAGAAAGAUUCGUGCUUCCAUGAGGGAGAUAGGAGUCUCGUCACCUGGUGGCGCCCUUGCCUGUUACCUUGUCAGAAACGGAGGGAAACUGGACAUUCUUGACGAAGAAGGAAACAAACCAAUAGAUCAUGUGGUGGAUCCCAAACUCAAAGAAUGUCUGCAGAAGUGUCUAGAACUCUAUAGCCCUCAUAGUUCUCCUGCACCUGCUGCCAAGAAAGAAAGAAAUCCUCUUCUGUCAAGGAUCCUUCCCUUCUUGAACAAGCGCCGAGAGGCACGUAAGAGGCCUGCAUCAAACCUUGAAGGGAUGAAUGAAGUGGAGAACUUGGAAACAGAGGGAGAGGUGGAGCUCUCUAUCAAUCCUUUCAACAUAAGUGAUGAGCUACCAAAGUCUCCCUUGGAUGACUUUACAGUGGAUGCCAUCUCAUCAGAUCAGAUGGUGACAGAUGAAGAUCUCAAGGCAAAUGUGGAGAAGGCAGCUGAGCAUGCUUGCAGUGUUUGUGAAGAGCAGUUGACUCAACUGAUUGGGAUCCCAUGCCAACAUGUACAGACUUGGCCAGGUGAAGAGGCGAGUGCCUUACCCACUGCCACCACUCAGAGAAAGGAACCAACCAAACGAGUCGUCUCUGUCCUCCGGCGGCAGAACAGCGAGUUUCGCAUGGCUCUGGCUUGCACGGUGUGUUUCCAGCGCAAGAAGUGCGUGGUGUUUGAAUGCGGUCAUAGUACCUGUAAGGAGUGUGCAGAGUUACUGCCCGAGUGCCCCGUCUGCCGUCAACCUGCCUCCAAAGUCAUUCCUCUCUACCUCUAAGACGGAUGCAUUCUUUUGAGUAAAGUAGUGUAUGUUAUUGACUGGUUAAUUUAGAACAUUAUUCAUAAUAUGCUGCAUGAAUCAACAAAAAAUAAUCAAAGCUUUUGCAAUUAACCUCUGCCAAAGCAUUAUCGGGUCAUUUUUAGAGGUUUUGACAACAACUUUUUAUUGUUAUAUUUUGUUUUCACUAAUGACGCGGUUAGUCAAGCUAUUGGUUAUAAUUUUAUGCAUGCAUUGAUGAGAAAAUAUCAAACAGAGCUGAAAGAAAGAAUCCAUCCGGGUAAAAAUAAUUCAUCCUUCAUGGUGUAGGGACUCUGGUUAUUCAUUGUCACCUAUCUUAACUCCAGUGAUCUCAAGGCAGCAGACAGCAAGAAACUCUGUGAUUAUCACUUGGCUUGAGAAAAUCCACAUAAGUGGACGAAAGCUUGCCUACUUAAUUGCAAGUUUGGUAGAAGCUUAAAGUUCAUGUAAUGAUCUGAAGGGUAAUUUCUACAUGAAUCCUAUAACCUUUAGACACUACAAAGCCUGCCAUUAACUUCACUUUCAAAAAGCAUAUCAUGUAAAAUGAAAUUCUAUCUAUCGGGCUAAAAACUGCCGUUAUUGGUAACUAUAAGUAUGUCUUGCUAGAUAAAUAUAUGUUUUCCUUUAUGAAUUUAAAAUUAAUUCUUAUUCUAUGAUCCUGGCCUUGAAUUGUAGGAGUGCUAGCACUAAGAGAGUUUCCAUCUGUACACCAUAUUGUAUAUCAGAAAUAUGAAAUAUAAUCAUUAAAGUAUAUUAUAUGUACAGUGUGUGUUAAUUCUAUUCAAGAAAAUACUGUAUUGACGUCCAAAAGAUUUGUUAUACAUUUACUUGUUAAAAGUAUGUUUUAUACCUCCGCUACAAAGUAGCCGGAGGCAUUAUGUUUUCGGGUUGUCCGUCCGUCCGUCCGUACGUCCCGUUUUCGUGAUCGCGUUAUCUCAAGAACCAAGAUGGAUUCCCGCCAAACUUUAGUCAUAUAUGUGUCUUGCAGUGUCAAUGAACUGAUUAGAUUUUGGAAUCACGAGAUCCAAGGUCAAAGGUCA